AUGGUCCUUCGCCAGUACCAACACCGGCUCGACCCGUCUAUACCCGACUGCGGCGUUUCUCCGCAUGACUGUCAGUAUCUGUUCGCUUGCAGUUCCCGGCCAGGCACCCAACCCAUCCCCGUGGACCUUUGGCUCAAGCCGGCUGAGUUUGGAUUCCGGCGGGCAUUCCUGAUCCAACAAUGGGCUACUAACAAACCAACCCUACAUGAAAAAGACGGUGUUGAGUUUGCCUCCGGACGCCGGCAGACUGAUAUUGACUACGCCGGUGAUAUCGCCCUGCUAGCCUCAAGCUUUGGUGAUCUACAGUCUGCAGUGUCGCGGGUGAAUGAGAUCGCCAUGUCGGUUGGCUUGACCAAAUCGUUCUCGAGCUGCAUCCCUGACCAGGAAAAGGCACACCUCGGGGGAUUAAUGACCGUCAACUUGAAGAAGAACUUUAAAUAUCUCGGGGCGAGGCUCUUACCGAAUGGACAGAGUAAGGACUACAUUAUCUCCCGAAUCGAUGCUGUUCGAAGGGUAUUCUUUCUCUUCCGAAAACAUGCAUCUAUUUGA